UGUUGUAGCUUUUUCACUCACACGAUACGAUCCACCAUUCCAUUCCCAAGUCAAAGUCUCUGAGAAGUAAAGAGAAGAGAAGAUGACCGAAGAAGACAAACCCAGAGCCGUCGCCGGCGAGCAUCACCACCACCAUCCUCCGCCGCAGCCUCAACCAUAUCCACCUCCUCAGUAUGGCACCUUCCAAGGUGUCUCCAACUACCCUCCUCCUCCGCCGGACCCACACCCCGCCAUCGGUUUCCCUCACCCAGUCCCGCCACCUGGCGUUGCCGAUCCCUCCGCCCCUCCUCCGCCGUAUUACCCUCACGGGUACCAAGCAGUUCCCGGUUAUGCAGUUGCUGAAGGACGACCUGUAAGAGAACGCCGCCUUGGUUGCUGUGGUAUUGGUUGCGGUUGGUGCUUGUUUAUAUUAGGUUUCUUUCUUGCUGGUAUUCCAUGGUAUGUUGGGGCAAUAAUUAUGCUUUGUUCCAGAGUAGACUAUCGAGAGAAACCCGGAUAUAUUGCUUGUAUAGUUGCUGCUGUUCUGGCCACAAUUGCCAUUAUUCUUGGUGUGACAAAAGGAGUAGAUGAUUGGUAAUCUUCACGUAAAAGAGUUGUAAAGUUUGCUAGAUGGUUGUAUCUAAUGUGUAUCAGUUGCUGGAAGUUAUGUCUGUGUGCAACUUACCGUGCCAUAUUCAUUGAAAACUGCUACCAUAUGUAAUUUGUAUUGUUUGAUUUGUUACAAGGUUGUCCUGACUAAAGAUAUGACGAGGCAAUAGUUUAUGUGGUUUAUCAAUAUUUAUAUGAAACAUUUUCCUUAAAUACUGUGAGUUAACAAUGUUAACAUAAACUACCCCCUUUAAGUAA